CGCGCUCUUCGCGCAACUUAGUCGUUUUCCCCUUGCCCGCACUCAGUUCACUUUUUCUUGCCCGCGCCCGCAAUGGACUCGUCCAAGCGCGUGGCGGACGCCAAGGCGCCGUCGGCGGAGCUCAAGCGUCUGGCCAAGUUCUUCGCGUCCGACCGGCCGCCGCGCAAGCGUCUGCGCACACUAUUGGACUUCCUUAAGCACACGCCGGGAGCGGACGGCGCGUCAGGAGGCAACAUCGCGGUAGCAGUACAGUCGCUUCUCUCUGGGUCUUCCAAGGACGCGGGAGGCGGUGGGAGCGGCCCAGAACACGCUGCGGCUAUUGCUGAAUUUUGGGCCGACGCCAACAACUCAACGCUCGUCUUCGGGGUCGUUAACGACUGCGUUACAGAGCUCGAGACGCUGUAUGCGCCGCAUGAGACGGCGUUCCGGAAGCAGCGCCGCAAGCCGCUAGAAGCUGAGGACUGGAGUGAGGUAUUUGAAGGUCUGGAGGUGCUAUUACGCAAUAAUGGGGCCAGACUGAGAGAGGGGUGGAACAAUAAUGGUCUCACGAUGCUGUUCGCCAAGCUAUUAAAGAGAGACAACCACGCUAUGAUCAAGAAGUACGCAUUCCGGUGCCUGGCGUUGUAUACUGACGCCACGAGGAGCAUCCAGCAGCUGGCAGCCAUGCCAUCGACCAGCACGUCGAGCUUCCAGGCCUCCAGAGCAGGCAGUAUUCGCCUUAUGAGCGACGGAAUUGAGAUUGAUAUCGAUGAAGAUGAAGACGACAGGGGAACCGCUAUGCUGUCACACACAAUGCCUAGCAGGAAGAACAUGCACCUGGAGUUGUUGAGGGAGAGCGUGGACUUUUCCCCCUAUGGAGGUGGCAGCAUCAUGCUACCGGAUAAGUUCUUGAACGAGGGAGUGCACGUUGAAGGAUGGAUGAGACCUAUGCCAACGCAGGCAGAGGAGCCGGUGGACAUGUUGAAGUUUUUGAUGGAUUUGAGCUUGGAGAGAGAAGAUACGCAUGGCAAACUAUCGGCCACGGGAAAACCGAGCGGGAGCAGUGACAGGUUCAUCUUUUGGGCAGAAUUGAUCAUGAAAUUCUACAUGCCGCUGCUGUACCCGAAGGUGUGUUUGAAGGUGAAGCUGAAAGAGGAAGGAGACACGCUGGGAUUCUUUCAUCACUGUCCUGGCAGCUUCCAGCGCGUGGUUGCUCGCUGGGUGUACAAGUUGAGAUCAAAAGAAGACUUCAUGGAGGUGCUUUGGUCGCGUCGAGAGUUCUCAGAAGUGAUUAUGGAGACCAUCCGGCAGAGAUUUGCGUAUCGCGACACGGAGCUGGUGGUGGAUGCCAUUAAGUUCUACUCAGGUAUCUGCACUGGCGCACAGUUUGUGCCGUCGGGGAUGAAGUCUCAAAUGAACGAGUGCUCGCGUGCCAUGAUCUCACACGUUUCACAGCUGUUUCAUCCUUCUGUGCAGCUCGAUGAUUCCAAGAUUUUACUGCAUUGUAUCGAAUUACUGGAGCUCGUAUCCCAGCGACGACUCGAUGACUACACGUCGACAUAUCUGCGGAAGUUUGUACUCUCUACGAUCGAUAACUGUGUUAUGCUGCGCGAUCCUGGCAACCGCCCCGUACUCACGGCGAUGCUGUCGAUUGUGUUGCACGUUUGGAUGCACUCAGCAGUCGUAACAAAGGCCACAGGCGCGCAGGUGUGGAUGGAACUAACCAUUGCAAUGCGACGAUGGCUGGUGAAUCCUGCCGACACGAAGGCCGUGGGAGUUGAACUGAUUAACUGCUGGAAGCGCGAACUUCGCUUUACGAGCUGCUUACUAAUGUACGUAAUGGACAAGGGAUACUCGUAUCUGAAGGUCACACCAGAAGGCGCGAAGCUGCUACCUCAGGACGGGAAGGACGAGAAGGCCCAAGGAAGUGGGAAAACGUUGCGGGAGCUGAAGCAGGGAUACCUUCAGUCCUCAGCUAACUUUCUUAUGAUGACGGUGGUCGACGUAUCGGAUGCAACGCUGCUGCUGGAUCGUGUGUUGCAUCUCAUCCCGCCUCCGACAGUAUCAGCUCUGACGCCGUCGAUGCAUUUGAGCUUGACAGAGGGUAUGCUGCAGCUUGUGGAGCUCUGGAUUGACUCAGCCAUUGGAGCACAGCGCAGUCAUCCGUCCGAGUUGCAGCAAAUCAGUCCGUCUACUGUUCUAGCUUUGUUCGGCGAGUGGUUCUUGCCAGCAUGCGAGCUGGAAGCUUCGGAUUUCCAGAAUUCACGUUGCAUUGCGAUCGUGGCACUUUGCAAACUGUGCUCGGUGCGCUGUAUCAACGCGAUCACCCGCAGCCAUCUUACCAUCGUCGCUCGUGUCUUAUUCAAAGGUAUUACCUCUCCUUCAGGAGUUGUUGUCUCGACUGUGUUGCAGAAGUCCUCGGUAUUAUUUUCGAUGAACCUCGAGGGCCUGAACAUUCUCGUACCGGCCUAUUUGUACGCGGUUGACGAGAUCAUUAUUGGAAACAUCUGGAGCCGAGCUGAAAAGUCCAGGGUGAAGUCGUCUGAGUGGAACAAUGAGCUGAACGCGGCAUUGGACGUUGUGUUUGCUAUUCUAGAAUUGCCCAAACGGUUCCCAGAUCAGGAUUUUGUGCGGUGGAAACAAAAGAUCAUGGGUGUGUGCGGCAUCGACGAGCUCCCAUUGAUGCAGGAUAUCAUUGGCGAGAUUCCGGAGACAUUGGACGAUUUCCACGUCAUUGUUGGUCGCAUUCUUAUGCGUAUCGCCCAGCUUCCGUUUACUGAUGUGGUUGACAUCAAGAAGCGCGCGUUGUGGGGCCUCUAUUGCCUGGUCGUUAUGAACUUAAAGUCUGACAACACUGGAGAACACGUGAUCGACCCCAUUCAUCUGUCCGAGUGGGUUGUCCAUCUCGUGGAUGUGUGUCAGAACAUGGAUUUCUCUAUUUCCAUGGCCGCGCUUACGAUCUUACAGGAUAUGUCAGACUACCAUGAAGAGAUCAAUGCGUUUGAGCCAUCUCUAGUGGCUCGAAUCGUCAUGACGCUUGCUGUAUUCGCGCAACAGCAGGUAGAAGAGGCCUCCAUUGAAGUCCAGGCAGCGAUGGAACGCAUGGGUGCAGCGGAAACGUCGAGUGAGGGCAACGGGUCAGGCACCAAGUCAGCCUCUUUCACUGGAUCCAGCCUUACAAGCGGUACCAAUCUUUCGAGCUCUGCAGUGCGCCGCGGGAGUGAUAACCCUAGAGCAAGCCGAGUGGAGAGCAAUUCCGCGGAUAAUUCGGAUGCGUUCAGUAAGCUGAAAAGCAAGCUGAAGCCUGGUCAGAAUGCCCCUGCAUCUGCUCCGUCAGCUUCGACGAACAGUCCGGUGAAUCCGCCAUCAAACUCCACUGCGCAACGGGAACAGGAGAUCCCGGCGCUUCGGCUGAUCGUCCAGAAGACGAGUGCGAUCUUCGAGUGUCUGCGCUUCUGGAUCAUGCACCGAACCGAGGUGCUUCAAGAUACGGACGUGAAGAAGCUGGUUUUCAGUGCCAUCGAAGCAGCGUUGGUCGGCACACUGCCGGAUGGAGAGUGGCAACGUGAGGUUGAGCGCGCACGUACUCUUGAAAGACGCAUGUCGAUGCCUCUGUUGUUCUUGGGGUUGCAGAUGCGCGCGUCACUGGACAAUGAACCUGGUCAUGUGUGGUUGAAAUGCUUCGAGGAGACCGCAGUGGCUGCCGAGGGAUUGUUGAUGCAUUUACUUCAUCAUAUUAACGGGUUCCCGUCACCUGCAGGCGUCGAUCAGAUGAUAUCAGAUUGUUCCGAGUUGAAUGAGCUGGACGCUGCACGUGAUAAAGGCGAUAAGGACUCGCCGCCUGCCGCUUUGAGUUUCGUGUUCAUGGAUUCGAUCGUGUUCAGUGUCGUCGGCAGCCUCGAUUCGCCGUGUGCGCGGUUCAUUGUCCGAGACAUGACUGGUCUGUUCACGUGGGAGAUUACACCAGCAGUUAUGCCUCGAGGUGUUCACUCGCUGAUAAGUGCAGGGUCAAGAUCAACCAGUAAUUCCAAUGGUGACAGUGCACCAGUGGAAAGAGAGCUGACGCUGCAAACAGAUACGCUAAGUUCUGAGUCGCUGACGCUUCAUCGACCCACUGGUGCUGUGCAGGUGGAGUUUAAGCACACGAACGAAGCUGGAGGGAUCUGCAAGACCUGUGGCGGAGAGAAACCUAGGACGAAGUCUGCUCCAUCUGACGCGAAGAGUGGACGUAUCAAGCUUGAGGCUCGCCAGGUCUCUUGGGAGCACGAGCAGAACAUCCUUUCUAACAACGUGUGCCCAAUCAAGAGCAGCUAUGCGUUCCAUGAAGAUGGAAGCGCCUCCUCUGCCAACAAAGAAAACGGAGAUUCAAAGAAAAAGGAGAAAGCUCGGACAUCAGAGAUUGAAAAAAUGCCUGGAAGUGGGAACAAAGAUGACCGACAGGAGCGUCUUGAACGCAUUGCAAAGCAGCAUGAAGAGCGCAAUAACACGGGCGCAGCAGCACAACCUACUCCAGAGCCGCAAAAGGUUGUUUGCCACUGUCCGCCACAAACUGAAUCCAAGUUCAAGCGACGCACGACGACGACUAUCUGUGGUUUAUUCGAUAUGUCGAUCAACGAGCCUAACGUGGGCAGCUUAGAUGACGAGCGCUGCCUUCUGGAUCUGGUGCUGGACAGUAUUCCGAUGGUGUUCCGUGACUGCGGUGGCGAUACGACCGACAAGACGCUCUUGGGUGGCCGCUACUCGAUGAUGCGCUACAACCUGAUGGACUUGACACCGUCGACUAACCCGCUUUUGAUGGACUCAGCAGAAACGCCCGGAUUUUCGUUUCUGCAGCGCCUUAUUCACGAUGAAGAGUGCUAUGCACAGCUUAAGAACUUUUUGACGAAAGACGAACAUCCGGGAGGCAAGGAACUGGUGGAUUUUUGCGACGCAGUGAAGAAGUACGAACGCUCGUCAGUGCCAACGGACCGUCUCGGUCAGGCCAGCGUCAUCUACUGGGAGUUCUUGUCGGCAGAAGGAGGCAAGAAACUCAUCUUCCCCGCUGCAGUUGUAUCUGAUAUCCAGACUCAAAUCCACAAGGCUCAAGCCGCCCUACGAGCUGUAAGAGCGGCGCCUCCCGAAGACUCGUCGGACGUAUCGUUCUGUCUUCCGGGCUCGCUAUUCCAACACGCUAUGACGUUUGUGGAGUACGAAGGCUUCGAGAAAUCGGGAUUGCUGGACAAGUAUGUGGCCGCGUUGGAUCAACCGCCAGCUGCAACGUCAGGCAAAAGCUCCAGCACACCGUCUAUCCCACCGCAGCUCGCGCUUUUCGACUCGUUCUCGAUCAUGGAAGUUAACGCGCGGAUAUCGCAUCUGGCUUUGCAUAAGCGGAGUUGUGAUGAACAGCUUGUGCGGAUGACGAAGCCUGGGGUGGCAGGAGGAAGUCGUUCCGUUGAAGUGUCUAAUGGCAGUCUGAAGGACAGUCGUGUGAGUGCUUUAGACAUCUGUCGACUCUUCUUAUCCCAGGCGGGUUUACUGCCAUCUCCCGAUGGUGAUUCGAACAAGAAGUCGACACUGAAGUUGCUCGAGCAUGGACCGAAGCUGGAGCGAUCGCUGAAGCACUUGGACAAGAGUCCGACGCGAGAAACCAUGAAGAUUGGUGUGAUUUACGUGGGCAAGAAGCAGCACACACAGCAGGAAAUCCUUCACAACGAGAAGGGCAGUCGAGCGUACGAACUGUUCUUGUCACAACUGGGCUGGAAGGUGAACAUGCAGACUCAUCGCGGCUUUGUCGGUGGCCUAGACACAAACCCAAAAAGUCUGUCUAAUGGGGAAUCCACGCUGUAUUACGCGAGCUCUCACAGCGAAGUAAUCUAUCACGUGGUUACCAUGAUGCCCACGAAGCCGUCAGAUCCACAGCAGAUUGAUAAGAAGAGGCAUGUGGGGAACGACUACGUGCAUAUUGUUUGGAGCGAUAACGCGACCCAGAAUUACGACCCAUCGACUAUCACAAGUCACUUCAACGACGUGCAGAUAGUGAUUUAUCCUUUACGGAAGGCUCAGCGUGGCCUGUUCCUGAUCAAGAUCCACACGAAGGACAAGGUUCCUCCCUUUGGACCGCUGCAGUCAGGCAUGGUGGUUCAUCAGGUCGAUCUUGCACGGCUUGUGCGCCAGACAUCUAUGAACGCGAACCGAGUGUGUCGCUCCCAGACAAUGUUGUAUGUCCGGCCGUACCCGACCCGGAAGAAACUCGUGGACGAAAUUGUCGAACGAUAUGCAGUUGAGUACAAGGAAAGCCAACUGCUCACGAUGCUGUUUGGCAACUCUUCAUCGACGCCUGCAGCAGCGUCGACACCGUCGGGUGGAGCUGAUUAAAUGAUGGACUGCUUACCCCGAAUGGUUGGUAAAACUAUGUGGAUUUUCUGUUUGUAUGCUUUUCAGACUAUUCGCAUGGUUUGUGCGGUGAGUUUGUCAUUCCGACUUUUUUUCUUGCCGGAUACCUUCAGCUUAACGUUGAGUUCUAGUUCUUUUAGUUAUGUGUAUCUAUCACCCCUUGCUGCUUGGCCUCGUUCCAUGCGAUGAGAGGUCAACUGGGACCGAAGUUGCUCGAUUUCGGCUUGCAUUUCGUCUGUGAGUCGAGCCCACUUCUUCAUCUCUCGAGUGCUGACAUCACUGAGUUCUUGCAGACUGGCCUCAACUGUAGCGCGCUCUUUGCGCAUCGCCGUUCGCUCUUGCAGCAACUGGUAUAUCAUUUGAUCUUUCACUCUUAGAAGACCCUCCAGCUCCGUUUGUUUCUGAUGUUGCGAAGAUGGCAGCGAGGCUGGUUGGACAGGAGCUGAAGUCGGUGGUGGAGGUGAAGAAUUUAGAGAAGAUCGAUCGUUCUCCUUCUUCUUGGAUGCAGGGAUAUCACCAUAGUCUUUCAUGGCAAGACAUUCAGCCUCUUCCUCAACUCUGUCAGCUUUUUCGAGAAAGCUUUGCAUUUCCCGCCGCGAAAUAUCGCUUCCUAUUACAUAAGUUGCAGGGUUAGAAUAAUUUAUUCUCACUCGUUCUAGAACAUUGAUACGAAUCUGACCUUUGUUCAGGUGGCG